GCAGCAUGAGAGGCAGAGAGUGUAACCCCACGGUCGCACCGCCACCCGUGCGUCGUCGUAUUUAAAAUAUGACUCGGGUUAGAGUGCACACGGGGUAGUCGUGCGAGUGUAGAGAUAUUAGUCGUGUGCACCGGGAGUAUAUUAUCCGUAUUAGUUUUAGGCAAGUAAAAAUAGUAGUGAGUAAGGUUAUUGUCCGAGGGGGCGUGCAACGGGAUCUCCGUCGAGAGAAAGACAGGAAGAGAGAAAGAUAGGAGGAUAGAGCGUGGAAACGGAGCAGAGCCAGCACAAGACAGAAAAGUCAACCAACGAGACGAACGGAUGAUACGGGGGGUGGCUGAGUGAAAUCAAACACUCUCGAUCAUUGGCUCACAAUCAGUGAAAGUGCGAAACGCGAAGACAGCCGUGCAGUUUCGGGGACCGCCGUUGCGAAUGAAUACAUAUCAUUUUAUCCUAGUUGCAGAGAGUGUGUGAAAGAGAAAGAAAGAGAGAGAGAGAGAGAGAGAGAGAGAGGGAGAGAUAGAAGGAAAAAGAGGAAGAGAGAAUCGUAGCGAGAAGGUGGAGGGUGGAUCGUGAGAAAGAACGACGCGACCAGAGCGAACGGAGAUUAUCGUGAAUCAGUGAGUUUAACGAGGAUAGAUGAAGAAAAAGAGCGAGAAAGAAAGAAGAAGAAACGUGAGUUCCAUUGAGAUGCGUACAGAGAGAUAUAUAUAAAUAUAGAUAAAUAGAUAGAUAGAUAGAUAUAUGUAUACACAUGCGCAACGCGAAACGUGUGAGUGUACUUGGCUUGAUCAUCAUCGCCGUCAUCGUCAUCGUGAAUGCGUCCUCUUCCAGCCCGAAGCUUUCGGGACAGUGAGAUAUUCUUAGAUAAGUUCCGGAAGCGACUUGACAGAGUCUGAAAGAGGAAAAGAGGGAGACACAAAGAGAAAUUCCCUCCCGCGGAUGAUCACUCGUGAGCAGCUACGUGUCGUCGCCGUCGCCGUCGUCGUCCGUCGUGCAUAUCUUUUCUCGUGAACUGUGAUUCUUUGUGCCGCUCGUCGAGGGAGGUGGGACAGUGAUCUCUGCGACGAGACGGGAUAAGACAGACAGGCAGGAAAAAUGAAGCUCGAUCUGGACCGGGAGAAGGGCCUCGAGCUCUUCGGCAAGCUGAUACGUACAAAGAACAUCGAAAGUCUGCAGGGUGAUCAGCCCAAAACCGGUCCCGAGCCACUUCAUCCAGCCGACUCCAAGCAGAAAUUACAGAAGUGCCUGACGACUCUGGAUCUGACGUCUUUAGGAGUUGGCUCCUGCGUCGGGACAGGGAUGUACCUUGUCGCAGGAAUGGUGGCGCGCAGCGUUGCCGGACCUGGUGUCGUCUUCUCAUUCAUUAUCGCAGCCAUUGCUUCCAUUUUUUCCGGGGCGUGUUACGCCGAGUUUGGAGUACGAGUGCCUCAUACGACCGGCAGCGCUUAUAUGUACAGUUACGUGACAGUAGGCGAAUUAAUAGCAUUCAUUAUUGGAUGGAACAUGGUGCUGGAGUACCUUAUAGGUACGAGUGCGUGUGCGUGCGCCCUUAGCGCCUGCCUGGAUGCGUUGGCAAACGGUGCUAUUUCCGGGGCGAUAGCCAACAGCGUUGGCACCAUACUCGGACGGCCGCCAGAUUUUCUCGCGUUCGUCAUCACGAUACUUAUGAUGCUGCUAAUGGCGGCAGGGGUGAAGAAGUCGCUGGUGUUCAACAACGUGCUGAACGCCAUCAAUCUCGCCGUCUGGGUCUUCGUCAUGGCGGCGGGCAUGUUUUACGUGGAUUCCAACAAUUGGUCCGAGCAUAGCGGUUUCCUCCCCUAUGGCUGGAGCGGGGUUUUCACCGGCGCGGCAACGUGUUUCUACGCCUUCAUUGGCUUCGACAUAAUAGCCACCACCGGCGAGGAGGCGACGAAUCCGAAGAGGAGUAUUCCCCUCGCUAUAGUCUCGUCGUUGAUCAUAAUUCUCGUCGCUUAUGUCACCAGCAGCAUGGUCUUGACACUGAUUGUUCCAUACGAUCAGGUUGAUCAAGAUUCAGCGUUGGUGGAAAUGUUCGGCCAAGUCGGGGCCUACAAGUGCAAGUACAUCGUCGCAGUCGGUGCGCUGGCAGGCCUGACGGUCUCCAUGUUCGGCAGUAUGUUUCCGAUGCCUAGAAUAGUCUACGCGAUGGCUCAGGAUGGCCUUAUAUUUCGGAGCCUCAGCCAAGUUUGGCCGGCGACUGGCACUCCCGCAAUUGCGACUUUAACUUCCGGCAUAUGUGCAGCUUUCGCUGCGCUGUUGAUCCAGCUGGAAGUGUUGGUGGAAAUGAUGUCGAUCGGUACCUUGCUGGCGUACACUCUGGUGUCCACAUGCGUGCUGAUAUUGCGAUAUCAACCGCAUUCGACGAAUCUGAUCGAGUUGCUGCCGCAGAGCUUGCGGACGCCUUGUCGAUCGCCCACGAAGGAAACGCAGGGCAACGGCCAAGUGACUUACGGCAAGGAGCUUAGGCCCGAUCAGCUUACAACCGCAUUGAACUCGGUACAAACGUCCCAGUCGGAGCUCACGACCACCAACAAUGGGCAGCGUAUCACGGUUCGGCGAGUGAGGAGGUGCAACAGUUCGUCACCGGAUUCGGAUGACACGUACGGCGGCGAGGAAGACGAAGUGGGAUUGGGUAAGGAUGAUCAGUAUCUCGUCAGCGACAGAACAGAGAACAAAUUCUACGGCAGCGUGCACGCGGCUGCGGCCGCCUCGAGUUGCGGUAGCGCUCAUCAGUAUCCCGGAAACACGCCAAUCAUAGGGCCACCGUUGAAUUACCUACAGCGUCGACUGCAGGCGGCGCAGUACCUUUGUCCUGCUAUAUUCCCGUGGGUGGACAGAGGUCCUGCGACAGAGGCGUCAGGACGUUAUGUUAUGAAGCUCGUUGGGAUCUUAUACGUCUUGAUCCUUAUUUUUGACUUGAUUAUCGUCUGUGGGAUGGGUAACAUGGGAACAUUUACAACGAUAUUACUAUUCUUAUUUCUCUUUGCCAUAAUUGGUAUACUUCUCGUCAUCAGUAGAAAGCCGCAAAAUAGGAGCAGCGUAAUGUUCAUGACUCCAGGCUUACCCUUCGUCCCCGCGAUCGCCGUUACCGUUAACAUUUAUCUCAUCUUCAAGCUCAGCAUCCUCACCUUGGUCAGGUUCACAAUCUGGAUGACUCUCGGUUUCAUCAUGUACUUCCAGUACGGUAUCAAGAACAGUAGCCUGGAGGAGGCGAACGCGUCGGAGAACGUUGACGAUGUUGUCGUUGGUGGUACGGCCGGCAACAUCGAGUUGACCGUAACCGAUCACCAUCAGCGGCAACAGCAGAAGCAGUAUUCGCCAGACCACAGCAUUUACGAGAGCCAGCAGCUGGACGCGUUCGGCCAGCCGGUGUUUGGCAGCACGAAUUUCGGCGGCACGCCGAACCAGCAGCAGCAUAUCGGCAUCGGCGGCCAUCAACAGAGGCAAACGGGGGCGGCGGGAAGCGGACGCCGCAUCGACCAAACCGCGUCAACGACGACGGGCAAGAACCUGUUCAUCGAUCAGGAUAGCUUCCCCACCUGGGACGAUUGAGGAGCACCGCGCGCGUUGUAUAGUACCGUCGUUGACGAGAUCGCAGUCGAAGAAGGCGGUUGGGGAUAGAAACGGGUCGAGAGAGCAUUAGCUGUAAUGAGGAUAGAAAGAAAGAGGGGAAUGCAGAAAGAAAGAUGAAGAGACCAUUACCAUUAUUAGUAUAAGGCGAAACUUGUGUUUUCCAAGAGAGCGUUCUAACUGCUAAUAUAAGUUCAAAAAUUUAUUGCUAGUCCGCGAAUGGGAAACGAAUGCGAGAUGAGAAUGAGGUGUGUCGUCGGAGCGAUAGGAUGAAUGAAAAACACUAGUGAGAAUGAGAAAGAAAGAAAGAAAAGCGAGAAAAGCGAGACAAAGUAAGAGAAAGAGCGAGGCGUGCCUGAAAAAAUAAUGAAUAAGAAAAGAGAAUGUACGAGAGAGAGAGAGAGAGAGAGAGAAAAUCUAUAGAAGAGAAUACUUUAAUGAAGAAAAAAGAAAAAAAACAAGAAAACGUCAUCUUUUGCCUAACUUUAGUCUUUCCCAAAAAGAAGAAAAAAAAGAAGUCUAGUCUAACAUAUUAUAAUCGUAUAUCUAAGCUUACUACAAAUACUUACAUACGUCUUACCUCGAGUAAACCCUUUGAUUAUUAAUUUACACGCAAUUUGUAUAAAUUAUCUAGGAUUUAAGCGCGCGUCGCCUCCCAACGAUGUAGAACGAAGGAUUGAAAGCGAAUAUAAUUAAUUAAGCUGCAGGAAAAUUAUAUCGAAAAGAAAUAGGAUGAGGAUUUACUUUUCCGGCUCUGUUUAUUUCAAGGAUCAGAAAAUCAAGUUUUCGUUCAAAAUCGAGACACGUAUUGGGAUAAAUUUUGAAGAGAACAAAAGAAAAAGCAAAGGCUAGACGAUUUAUCUUCGAAGAAACGAAUUUUCCUCUCGAUCGAUUUUACAAUUCGUUCAAUUUCUUGUGGGACUUCGGAGAUAGACGGGAGACGACGCGAGGUAAGAUUUCGUUUUCGUGUAUAUCUUCGGUGUUUCCAGACAAACCGUUUCUUCGUACGUACGUGCACAAGUCCGUUGUGCUUCUCUGUCCGCUAGUGUGUUCCGCGCGAUGAAUCGAGGAUAGCCUUCGAUACUCCCGAGUAAUUACGGUCGGGAGGAUGCACGACCGCGUGUCUCUGAUACGAGCGAAUGCAUACGUGAUUAUGUAUUCACACCACGAGUGAAGCUCCAAUUUGCCUAGAUCAAGAUAUAAUUAAAGACUAUCGAGGAUACGUGCUGUAGACCGAAAUGAUCCUUCUUUUAUUCUAUAAACUAUUUUUUUCCUUUAAUAUUCAUCCGCUUUAUUAACAUCUCAUCCGCGUUAUUAAUUCCGAAAGAUCGAUCAUCGUUGCAAAGUAAUCCGCGAAAUAUCUCGAAGUACCAAGGAGGCGUGACACGCGACUGCGAUAAAACACAGAAAGCCAUAACGCGGAAUGCUUAUCGAUUGUGCAUUGCGGAACAAUCAAGUAUAAAAGUCGCCGGUUUACUGCAAGACGCGCGAUUUGAGUCACGCAGCAGACGCUUUUAUUACACAAAUAACUUUUAUUACUUCAUGAUCUGUUUUCUUCUUUGCGAAUAUGUGUCUGAAGCAGGAUGUAUCCUUGCGUUGCAUUGUUGAUCGCUAUGUUAUCGUUUCGCUUAUAAUGGAGACAUGCGUCGUGCAUACUAUUUGACAUUCGAUCGUGCAUCUUCCAGGCGGGCGUCGAUGCGUCGAGCGUCGAUGCAUCGUCGCUCGAACGUUGGGCAAAGUCGUUGGCAGGUACGACGACUGCCCCCCGCGAUCGCUUUCGCGAAAUAUUUCUUCUCGUGUCUAUACUUACUUUCGUCCAGCUGCUCCGCCACUUUUACUACUUCGUUAUAGGACGCAUCAUCCGCAUUUCCGUGUGCGGAAGUCGUCCCGCGGCUCUCGAGUCGCUCAACAUUCCGCGUCCCUUUCCCACGUGAAUGACGCAUUCGAUAACGAAGCGACGACAGAAAGGAUUCAGGGUGUUGACGAUCGACAACUUACAAACAAAUUUUUAACAAAAUUGUUUCACAAUAUUAUGAUUAGAUUAUGAAUUAGACUACAUUGAUAAUUAGAUUACGAUCAUCGAGCAGCAAAACUUUGUUCAGAGAGAGAAGCAGGGCCACAAAACUGAAAAUUGUCAGAGAAAUUGAAAAAGGUUAGAGAAAUCAAGAAAAAGUCAAGGAAUUUUGUAAAAUUUCUGGAAAAU